AACACAUUUGAGGAACCUGAGAUGUCUCUACUUGUGGGCGUGGCCUUCCUGGCUCUCGUCCUAUCAGACGGCGGGGUGCUGGCGUUCGCUCCGAUCGGGGGCGGGGCCUCCUCCCACGUCAGCAUCACAGGCACAGCGCUCCUGCAGAAGGUCACAGAGGUGUGUCGCGACGUCAUCGAGGACGGAGGGGACGACUUCAACCCCACGGGCCCCUCCCCUGAGGAGCUGGUGCGAGCAUGUCUGGGCCCGACCGCCACCGGAGAAGUGUCCGCUGCCAAGUUCCGCUCGGCGCUCAACCAGAUCUACGUCCAGAACGGGCUGGUGGACCGAGACUUCGCCAACAGCCCACAGCACCACUUCAACUCUGAGGCCUUCGCUGAGGGGCGUGCCCUAAUCACAGAGGGCUUGGCCAGCAUCAAGGCCAACAUCGCCAGCAAGAACUACCAGGCAGCCAGAGAGACUCUGGGCAGAGUCCUACACACACUACAGGACUUCUACAGUCACAGCAACUGGGUGGAGCUGGGGCACAAGGAACCCUAUCUCAACCUCAUCCGCCCGGACCUAGCCCUGGAGAACCUGGCAGGUGUGGACACCCCUACCUGCAGUGACUGCGCCAGUGGAACCUGUCCUAACCAGAUCCUGCCCAGCAUCCUGAAGGAGAAGAAGCUCACCUCAGGAUACAUGGGGAUCUUCUCUCCAGCCAAGCCUCCAGGUAAGUGCAGUCACGGCGGGGGAGCAGACCUCACAAGCACGACCAACCCUCGCGGCGGCAUCAACAAGGACGAGCGUCGCCCCGACAACGCUGACUUCCACGACAACGCCAUCGCCGUGGCGACCGCUGCCAGCCUCCAGCUGCUGGACAACAUCCGUAACGUUGUUGGCAACGGAGAAUACCUACGUCUGAUGGGUAUAGCCCGCUCCUCUGUGAUCGUGUUCGUCAUCGACACCACAGGCAGCAUGGCCAAUGACAUAGAGGAGGCACGCAGGGUCGUCUUCAACAUCAUCGACACCAAGAAGGGAACCCAGGAUGAGCCGUCUGAAUACAUCCUGGUGCCCUUCAACGACCCCGCAUUCGGGCCUCUGAUCAGGACCAUAAAUCCAGAUAUUAUGAAAGCAGAGAUCUCCAAGCUCAAAGCUGAUGGAGGUGGAGACACACCAGAGAUGUGCCUAUCAGGACUGCAGUUGGCCCUGACGGGCGCUCCAGGCUCCUCCCACAUCUAUGUGUUCACCGAUGCCGAGGCGAAAGACAUCGCUCUGAAGGACACCAUCGUAGCUCUCAUCAGGAGCACCAAGUCCACGGUGUCGUUCUUCAUGACGGGCAGUGGGAGAAGCCGGCGUGACCUGGGGCUCCGCGCUGGUUUUGAUGCCUACCGUGACCUGGCUCUGGCCUCAGGGGGGCAGGCCAUCCUGGUGUCCAAGAGCUCCCUGCCCCAGGCCACAGACAUCAUCCUCGACUCCUCCACAUCCGCACUGGUGACAGUUCUCCAGCGGGCGAGGAACCCAGGGAAGACAGAGACCUUCUCCUUCCUGCUGGACGCGUCUCUGACCAACAUCACCAUCUACAUCACUGGAACCUCUGUCCCCUUCAUCUUGAAGAACCCAGCAGGAGUGACCCAGAGCCAGGCAGAGGCCAGCGGGAAGCUGGGGAUGGUGUUUUCUGUGGGGAACCUCCAGCGCAUCCGCCUCAACCCCAACAAACUGGCGGGAGUCUGGGAGAUCAACGUCCAGUCCUCCAGCCCCUACACACUCAAGGUCACAGGCCAGAGCAUCAUCACCUUCAUCUAUGACUUUGUGGAGGCGUUCGAGGGUCCGCACCCAGGCUACGCUGUCAUCACUGGCCGCCCACAAGCAGGCAACCCUGCCAUGCUGUUGGUGUCGGUGAUGGGCAGGAAAGGGCCGGCGUCCGUCAAGGUGGGAGACGUCUCCAUGGUGACGGUGUCCGGGUCCGAGGUUGUCAGAGGGGAUCUGAAAGACGUGGGCAACGGAGACUUCCUGGUUACGGUAACCAAGGUGCCUGCAGGGGAGUUUGUGGUACUGUUGAACGGGACGGACGUGGAGUCGGCCAGCGAGUUCCAGAGGCAGUCCACCACCCAGAUGUCAGUCUCCACCGUCUCCAUCAAGGCUGUGAUUGACAGCUCAGUAGAGCCUGGCGAGGUGUUCUCCCUACCCUUCACAGUGGUAACCUCGGCAACCAGCGGCAGCUGCACCUUCUCUGUAAAGAACGACAGAGGAAUCCCCAUGGUGUUCCCAGCCAGCAUUCCCGUGUCGCCCGCAGGCGUGGCCACCAGCACCCUGACCGUCACCCCGCCCGCCAGCACGCCCUCGGGCACAGACGUGACCCUGACCCUGGAGGCCAAGGCUCCCGGCGGGGGGGACUCAAACUACGCUGUCCUCAGACUGUCCGUGGUCAAGAAGAUCACAGACUUCACCCCUCCCCAGUGCAAGUUGGUCAGCAUAGAGGCGGACCACUGCCCCUACAACUGCCCCACCGACACCACCCACCGCUGGGGGCUCUCCGCCAACAUCUCCGACGUCAACGGCACCGGCAUCAAGAGCCUCACCCUGCGCCAGGGCAACGGCAACCUCACCCACACCUCGCUUAGCGACCCCGUCGUCACGGCGACCUACAAUGCCUCCUGCUGCUCCCAGGUGUUCGAGCUGGUCAUCGUGGACAACGAGGGGAACGUGGGGAACUGUUUCCACUCCAUAGUGCGUUCUUCUGGCCCCGCCCCCCUGGCUCUGUCCCUCCCCCUGCUGGUGUGUCUGCUAGGCUCCGCCCUCACACCUCUGAGAGACUUCUUCCUGCUUCUGUAGGCCUGGGAUUGGCUAGCCGUUCUACUGACUUCGCCUUCACUGCCUCCCUAUUGGCCAGAAUGUGACAACAUCGAGUGCCUGGCGACCUCAAACUGCCAAAUAAAAAUGGUGGGGAAAUGCGAAAGAGAAAAGGGCACAUUUUUAUUCUCAAGCUUGCCAUCGUAAAUUUUGUUUGAAGUUUCUCCGUGGAGUGAUACUGUGUUACUAUCGCAAGUCAUACUGAAGUGUGUUCCUCGCCUACCUACCAAAGAAAUCGUCUCCACAAAAUGGAAUCUGUGAAUAAUCUGAAAGGAUUUAUUUGUCUUCAAAAUAAAGAUUUUUUUCAUCGUC